AUGUCGCCGUUUUUCCGGAACUCAAACGGAAACAUUUCCCUUCAGCUCGCAAUCGCUGUCACAGUCGCUGCGAGUCCACCUACCAUAUGUUUAAAUAUAUUUGUGAUCGUAGCGGUCAUGAAAAUCAGAAAGUUACAAACAAAUUCUAACAUUCUGAUUGCUAGUUUGGCUGUGGUUGAUCUUUUGGUGGGUGCAGUUUCUAUGCCAAUGGCAAUCAGUGUUGAUACGCUCACUGUUAAAGGAACGUUAUCAGACAGAAUGCUGUGCACGUACAUUUAUAUUCUGUAUACAACUUCCACUGCAUCUUUUUAUCAUUUGAUUUUAAUAGCUUGGGAGAGGCAUGUGGCGAUAGCGAGAUGGACGAAAUACAAAGUUAUUGUGACAAAGAAACGCGUAAAGAGAUAUGCAGGGAUCGCUUGGAUAACAGCUAUUCUGACAGUUGCGUUUCAUGUGAUAUUUACAGCACCUGGUACUCAGCAUGAAGUUGCCCUGGUCAUUAAAGCCAGUGUUUUCUUCGUCUGGCUUGUGGGCAUUUCUCUAAUGGCGUAUUUUUAUCGCAUGGUUUACAUCGAAACGCGGAAACUGAAGGGAGGUCAGAUCAGCCGAGUAAGUGUUCAAGUGGGAACAAGUAUAGAGAGGAAAAUUGGCCACACUACGCUCUUUGUGACAGUAGCUGUUCUUGUCUGCAUUGUUCCCUUCGUAGUUGUUUUCAUGUUAGCGCACUUUUUCCCAUUUUUACGCAGUUUUAGGGUUUUCCGAUGGGUGGAAAUUUCCCUCCAGUUGAACUCUUUGGUGAAUCCAGCGAUCUAUUUCUUUAGAAACAACCGCUACAGGAAUGCUGCAUUAAAGUUUUUAAGACUCAGGAAGCCUAAAAAAGUCGGGUUAAUAGGCAGGAACACUUGGGGUGGAGGGUCAGCAAGCACGUCGAGGCGGCGCCACGAUUUCAUUUUGUCCUGGCGUGUUGGAAAAUUUGUGGACAAUGAAUGCAGCCGACCCCCAAGACGUUCACAGUCUUUCGCAGAAGAGAAACACAGGGGCAGGGAGACGCCCGGAGUGUCAAAAGGCACUCACUUAGGUAGGUUUCAUACUAUAGGAAUGGGUGAAUGGAGAAAUACCUAG